AUGCCGCCUGUUACCAACCAAAUGCUUAAUGCACGACGGGAGGAGAACUGCAUAGCCGUGACUCUCGAGCGGAAAUACUACAGGGUCGGCCAGACAUGGGUUAAGCGCAGCCUACGGCCUUCGGAAUGGCAGAUCAACCCAUAUGCUGGUACUCUCGUUGUGCCUCGAUUUGGAAAGGAACGAAUCCGGAACGAAGCAGCGUCGAUGAAAUUCAUUGCGGAAAAUACAGACAUCCCAGUCCCUAAGCUAUACUGUUGUUUCGAAGACGAUGAAGCUGUAUAUCUGGUUACGCAGUAUGUGGAGGGAAAGCGAAAGGUCGUCGAAAAGGAACUGGAGCUUCAUUUGGAGUCCAUGAAAAAGUUGAAAUCAAGGUUUUGGGGUGGCCCUUCAGGGGUUGUUGUACCGCCAUACCGUGUUAUGGUUAGAAGUGCCCGCCCUCAGUGGGAAAUGAAGCCCCUCGAAUCUGAAGCUCUGGUGUUUUGUCAUAACGAUUUGUCCACCAAUAAUGUGAUCGUUGACCCCGAGACGCUCAAAGUGAGGGCCAUUAUCGACUGGGAAUACGCGGGUUUCUAUCCCGAAGAGUUCGAGGGAAUGUUUUAUCGGAGGCCAGGGCCUUCAGUCGCACUAGAGGGGGAAGUCAACGACGAGGAUAGACUACUAGACGUGAUGAUUGAGAAUGAGACAAGAUAG